AGAAAUUCUAAAUAAAAACUUUUAUUUUCCAACUGGUUUACCUAAAAAAUUUCGUGUGCUGUCAAGUAAAAUUUAAAUUAAAAUAAAAAAAAAUUGCAAAAUUGUUUGUGCAAAAUUCUGUGCUGAAAACAGUAGUCAUCAUUUCCUCUUAACAUACAUUGGUAAAAUGCUUGUUACCACCUACCAACACGACUAUGUGCCGCCCUACACCAGACGCUACGAAUUCGUUAAGAAGCAAGCCAAAGCGGAGAGGGAGACGGAAGAAUGCCAAUGCAUAGAAACACCUAAAAUCGAGAUACCAAAAGCAGCGCAGGAAAAAUGUGAAAGCGGUGCCGAAUGGACAGGUAUCGCGCCAAUGGGCCGACUCAUCGACCCGCGCAUUAUACCCACAAAAUUCGCACCCGAGCAAGCAGAUAACUUAGCCAAGAAUCCGGAAGCUGAUUGCUUUAAAACACAACCGAAUCGGUUUUUGCAGAUAUUACGCACAGCAUAUCCAGAUCUGUAUGACCGUUUGAAGCAGAUGCCUAAAGAUGAGCUGAAUAGACGCUUGGAGCGUCAACGACUUUUUACUACAUAUCAAAUUGACUAUGGCAAUAUGAAUGAGUAUCCAGAGGGUAUUUACGAGAGUCUCAAGGAGAAGGACAAUACAGCUCAGAUUAAUGCUACGAAAUUGCUGCAAAAAGAGGACGCUUGUGAUGUGUUUCGCGCCAAUGUGAUGAAGGAAUUAGACAAUCAAAUGCGUAAUCCCACCAUUACGGACCCGUGCGAGCACGCCUACAAGCCAUUCAAGAUCUCCUUUACCGAUAGUGCGCGUUUCAUCAAUAGCGGCAACAACUCACACUGGCGCAGCAAAGCCUUUGUUACACGCGCCAACUUCUCGGAGUAUAUGGAAACAAUCAGCCGAAAUGGUUGUGUCAUAAUCAAAAAUAAUCUGCAUGAUCAUAGCAAAUGUGGAAGUAAUGGAAAGCAUUGUCGUCACCAGCUGCUCAAUACCUGCAUAAAUACUGUAAGAUAAGCUGCAUUAGAAGGUGGAAACUCCUCAAGCUCGCUUAUGUUUAUAAUACUUGUAAAUGGCAGUGUAGUCACUAUUGUCGGAGGGUCAAUGGAAAUUGCUUGGAUUGUAUCUGGUUAGGUACUUGAGAUAUUAUAUAACAUAAUCGUGUGUCAAUUUUCCAUGUUCAACGAUAUGUAUGUAAGCUGCUACCUAAACCACUCUAAACGAUUGUUGUGGCACAAAAAAAAUUCUAGUAAAUUGUAAUUGUGAUUGUAAAAUUAA